CGGGACGAAAAGAAGAAGACAGCCAGCCUUUCCACGGGGGGCUCCCUCCACCAAGCUCCGGCGCCAUGGAGAACAUGCCGGUUGUCAUCGGCCGAUAUCGGCUCAGUAAGACUUUGGGAAUCGGGGCCUUCGGGAAGGUCAAAUUGGGGGAGCACACGCUCACGGGACACCGGGUGGCAGUGAAAAUUCUCAACAGAGGCAAAAUCCAAGCCCUGGACAUGGAGGACAAGGUCAAGCGCGAGAUUAACAUCCUGAAGCUUUGCCGGCAUCCGCACAUCGUCCGACUGCACGAGAUCAUCGAUACGCCGAGCGAUAUCUUCAUGGUCAUGGAGUACGCGCCGAACGGAGAGUUGUUCGACUACAUCGUGUCCAAAGGGAGGCCUACAACAGAGGAGGCGCAGCGUCUAUUCCAGCAAAUCGUCACCGCAGUGGAGUACUGCCACUUCCACAACAUAGUACACCGCGACUUGAAACCGGAGAAUUUGCUCCUGGACCAGGACAACAACCUCAAGAUCGCUGAUUUCGGGCUGUCGAAUAUGAUGAGGGACGGGGAGUUCUUGCGAACAUCUUGCGGGUCCCCCAACUACGCGGCGCCGGAGGUGAUCAUGGGCACGCUCUACGCCGGCCCGGAGGUAGACGUGUGGUCGUGCGGGGUGAUACUGUACGCGUUGUUGUGCGGCAGCCUGCCCUUCGACGACGAGAGCAUCCCGUCUCUCUUCAAGAAGAUCAAAUCCGGGAUGUACUCCCUCCCGAGCCACCUGGGCGCCCUGACCCGAGACCUCGUGCCACGGAUGCUGGUGGUGGACCCGAUGAAGCGCAUCACGAUCGCCGAGAUCAAGCAGCACCCGUGGUUCCAGCAGAGCAUCCCGCUGUACCUGACGCUCACGCCGGCGCAGCUGGAGGACCAGGCCAGCAAGGUCGACGAAGACGUGGUGGCGAUGCUGUGCAAGCUACCUUUCAAGGGCAUUACGCGAGAGCGAAUUUUGUUGGCCCUGGCCCACAAGGGGUACAAGAAGAAGGGGGAGUUCGAGCACGAGCUGAGAGUAGUGUACGAGCUCUUGCAGGGGAAUAAGCUUCACAAGGCGCGGCUGAAGCAAUGCGUGUCGGCGAACAAGCUGCAGAUGCAAACGCCGCCCGCCUUCGUGGGUAUCAAUCGGACGCGCGGGGGGAGUUCUCCGAGCCGGGGGGGAGGGCGAAGUUCGGCGCCGCUGCCGAAGGAGAUGACGGACACUCCACGGGAGGCUGCUGAAGCACUCAUCAGAAAGGGGUACGGGCAAAGCGGCAGCAGCCGUCCAGGACAACCUGCGUCAGGUGGGCCGGCGGGGGCAGUGGCGGGAGCGCCGAUGAAACGAAGGCGAUGGUACCUGGGUAUCCAGUCCAAGAAGGAUCCGGCGCAUGUCAUGACGGAGGUAUACCGGGCGUUGCUGCAGCUGGGGUGCGAGUGGCACCUGCAUUCGUCGUACCGAAUCCAGUGCAUGUGGAAACCAGACGCCGAGCCGGUGAUGCCGAGGGGGGGCUUGAAACGACCGGGGGGGCUUAGAACACCUCCAGGAGGGGCGGGGCAGGGGGGCUACUUAGGCGGGGGCGGCGGCGGUCUGUCGAAGACGGAGGGGGUGGAGGGGACGGGAGGGAACAGGCUAGGGGCGGUCGAGACAGGGGGGAGGGCGGAGGAGUACAGAGUCGUCGCGGGGUUGACGCUGUACAAGGUCCAGACGAACAUCUACUUGCUGGACUUUCACAAACGAGAAGGAGACCAGUUCACCUUCAUGACGCUGUGCGCGAAAAUCAUUAUCCAGCUCAAGACUCUCAGCGCUCAGAGUAAAAUGCAGGUCACCGGCCGCCUGCAGCAAGUGAGCCCUCAGGCCAUGGCACCACAACCUCAAGGGCAGGCAAUGGCGAUCCCGCACAUGCACGGCCAGCAGCAGCAACAGCAGCAGUACCGUCAAGCACAGGUGUCUCCCACAGCAGGACAGCAGCAGCAGCAGCAGCAGCAGCAGCAUCAACACCAUCCACAGCAACAGCAGCAGCAACAACAACAACAACAACAACAGCGUGGCGGUGGCGUCGCGGCGGGUUUCCACCAUCCUGGUGGCGUGCAGCCGAUACCGCAAUACCGCAUGCCAACCCAUCAGCAGCAGCAACAACAAGCGCGAGGGGCACCGAUGCUGCAACCGCCGGUCAUGGCGCCGACGCACCAGCGGAUGCAACAGCACGGGUACGGCGGGCCAGGAGCGGCGGCGCCACCGCCACCGCCACCACCGCAGCAGCAGCAGAGAUCCUCACCACAGCAAUACGAUUGAGGGUCUCGUGACUGCCAAUGCGAGCAGGGAAAAACACGAAAACAGCACCGCUGUCCUUGGGUUGGUCGGUAGUGUGGUUUGGUUUUUUCCGCUUUUUGUGGUGGAUGUGUUUCGUCUUCCGUGGGGUUUGCUCGUUGAGGUGCAUCGCCUGACACGGCGUUGUGGUAUUCCGAUAGGGUUCGUAGGGGAGGGGGGGGGGGAAAGAGGGGGAAGGGGGGGCAACUGUCUGGAGAAAGAUACCCAACGAUGGUCAGGAGGGCAUGGGAUUUUGAGUGGACCACCUGCAAUAAUGUUUUCAUGUGGCCACCGGCCGCUAUUCGUGGUUUUCGAAUACUGCUGUGAAAGGGUAGCGCAAACGCGCAAACACAAGAUAAGGGAGAUGGGCAUGGGCGCGGGAUGAUGCAACGACGUGUUUCUUUCUCGUGGACGGAGUGAACGGGGUUGUUUUUGCGCGGCGUUGUUGCAAUUGUGGACGGAGUCUCGCGUUAACGGCAGGCAGCUACAUACAGAGGGAUUUUUUUAGGUGUUGGGGAGCGCGUGGAGCGAUUCAUGUUUCCCGCCAAGCCUCACAGACCUGCUGUGUUCUUUGCGAACCAAUAUGAAAUGAGGAAGAUUCCUUCAAGAGGUAAGCAGUGAGGCUGGCUGCGGGAUGCAGUGCGCGCUGGGUAAGCGAGAUGCAGCGCGACGCGUGGGAGCUAACCCGUUGCGCUCCGUCUAGAGGGAACCAGUAACACAUCAUACGAACACAUUUUUAACAUAUAUGAAAGUCGAAGCCAUCGAGCGAUCGGUCGGUCAUUGUUUCUGAUGGAAGAGCGUCUGGUGCACUCGGUGCUCAGUCGCCCCGCGAGAAAUGAGACGCUGCUGCGAACGUCUGGCGGCGUUCCGUGUAGCAACAGCUCUACGAUCAAUCGUGUUUCAUCGGACGCUCGAGGCGUGUAAGGGGUUUGAGGAUUGCCAGCAUUCGGGAGUGGCAACACCGAUCGUGUUUGCCUGUAUUUUGGCGGCACCGUGCGCUGUCAAGGCAUUGGGCGGGAUGGUUUGGUCCUGGGAUGUUUCCUAAAGGCAGACGGGAAGGAUGUGGGCAUUCAGGCCUCAGUGGGGAGAGACAAAAGGAGUGUUACCACAGAAGGGAAAUGUGAUUCAGGGUGGUGGUGCUACUGGUUGUUUUCCGUCAGGUUUGUGGCGUACGUAUGCUUAUGCUCCACCCUUCCACGCCACGAUUUGACCCGAGCACCACCAGAGUGCACUGGUCUCGUAUGAGAGGGAUUCUCUCUCGAAAUGUUUAGCGCUUUAGAGGUAAAAGCGAGGCAUCAUGUAUGGGGAGCAUGUGGACCCUGAUGAUUCGGUCUGGCACGGUGUGGUAGUCCGCGAGGUGGCGUGAGAACGAGCAUCUACCCGGAACCGGAUGUUUGUUGUGUCUCGAAACAGGCGUCCCCGGUCAGUAGCAGCCCCGUUAAUUCAAAUAUGAUGGUGAGAUUAUGGUAUCGACCAGCGGUUGUUUUUUUUUUGCCUAAAGCAGCAUACCAUAUGGUAAUGGAAUAGGUACGGCAGUGUACGUCCAUGAGGUGUCAGCGAGCUUAUGAUCUAUCGCGGACAAACGGUACAACGUUGGUGAGUGCGGAUGUGAAGCAAUCGUUUGUGUCCGCCAUGCUGCUUGCGUUGGCUAACUGGGCACGUUCCGUGUUUUAUGUACAGUAUUUCGGGGGUGGUGGUGGGGGGUGCAUUGUUGCCAUAGCGUUAACGUUUGCUACUACUGCACAUUAUACACGGUUGGUUUGGUGAGAGUAGAACAAUAUCUGGAGUACACCCCCCGGACGCAUAUGCAAAAAAAAAAUAUUCCAAAGCCAAGGAUUCCACUCGCACGCAGGGGUUACGUGCGGUUCACCCGCACGG